AUGUCCCUCCAACCCUCCGCAGCAACCAAAGUCGACCGAACAUCGACCACACCCUUCCUCCUCCGCCUCUUCUGGCGCCAGUCCCGCGCCCUCGAACCCUACGAAUUCUCCGUGACGCCUCCAGCAGACACAUCCAACAUCACCGACUACACCUCGCUCCUCCCGUCCUCGAUUCGUCAACAAAGCGUCCAAAUCUACACAUGGCCGACUUGCACCUUGGCAGAGUUGACGGGCCUCCUCACAAGCGUGCUACCUGAAGGCGUGCUCCCGACACCCGCGGUGGGUACAAGGUUAGUAUAUCGUCUUGUGUUUCCUGAUACAAGGAGUGUGAACGGCGACAGCGGGCGCGGCAGAUGGAUCGAUCGGGUUUUGGGCAGCGUGGUGGUUGGCGGGGCACGAGAGGCGGUGUCUGAUGCAGUGAUGGACGUGGAAGGGGAGGACGCGGCAGCGAAUGGCGAUGGAAAGCACAAUCUUGAGGGCGAUGCGGAGAAGACGCUGGCGGACGCGCGCUUCGUCAUUGGCGAUUACGUGGUGUGCACGAUUUACCCUCCCACGGCGGACGGGCGCGUUGCACCGCUGCCUCCUGCCAGAGGAGCGAGGGAGCCUUAUGCGCCUCCUCGGGGAGGACCGCGGGAGAACGGGUUUGGCCCUCCGAGGGGCGGUGGUGGGUAUCGUGGUCGAGGUGGAGGCGGGGGGUUUGGCGCGCCGCCGCCUCGAGGCGAGUGGAGAAGAGGCCAACGUUUGCCGGAUUACGACGUGGGAGGGGGUUACAGGGGCGGCGGUCGGCCUUACUAG